AUGGAACCGCCCAAACAGAAAUUAAACACUACGUCCGUUGAUAAACCUCGCCUAGCAAAGAACCUCGAUCUCAAUAAUGACGUGAAGAAACUCCUGUAUGGUCUGAUUGACGAAGGAAGCUCGGAUUCCGAGUCACUGAAUCUGGAGCUGAGGAGUGGAACGCAAGGGACGCUACUCCACUGUAUAACCCGAGCUACCGUGACCCACCCGGAACAGACUGACGUCUACAUGAAACUGUUCGACGAGAUAGAAGCACGUUGUGUGGCGUGGUGGUGCAGGAAACAGUCGAUAGAUGUUCCUGAGGACGACCGUGACAGCUACAGAAUCUACAAAUGUAAAGCCAUGGAGUACCUCACCAUGACGGUCAAGGUUAGCGAGCAAGACGAGAGGUCAGUGUGGGAUUUGGCCUUUGACCUCGUGUCUGUUGAGGUCAUGCAGAAGCUCCUCAAGAUGACAGGGGUUACGUAUGUCAAAGAUUCCAGUGGGAGGUGUCGUUAUCAGGUCUCUCACAUCUGCCCAAAGACUCUCCACAAAGGGCAAACCGGAUUCUUGCAUAGUAUUUUUGGAAUUCCACAUAAAGACGAUUCUAGGUUUGAGCUUUUGCUCAAUAAAUCCAAGGAAGAGAAACGAGUGACUGAAGUCCUUGAAAUGCAACCAUUCAAAGAGAUAGCAAAUAUUUACAUAUCAGUUUCAACAAAGAUCCACAUAUUUAUAGCAUUUCUGCAUGUCCUGUACAUGGCGCUGUUUAGUCACGGGUGUUGGGACGUCUUGGAGUCCAUGAUGCAGAGGAACUCAACGCAUCCAGAGACGGCGACGGAAGUGUUUGUGAUCGGGAUCACUGAGCCGGUCUGUCUGACUGUGUAUGUGGUCAGUCACGUGGUAAAGUCUGUGAUCACGCGGUCGGAUGAAGAUCGACACAGCAGUUACUAUGUGAGGAUCUUCUUCAGGAUUAACAACCUAAUCAUCUACAUUAUUUUACUUAGUCUCAGCAUCGCCAGUCUGAGCCCACGGACAAGCACCAACAACUUCUUUGACAGGAACAUCCUCAUAUCCUUCACCCUGCUGUACGGCUGGCUCAUGACCUUCACCUUGGUCAAGGGAAUAAAAUCUGCUCACUUCUUCUUCCAGGCCACGUUGAGGAUCAUCUACACCGACGUAAGGAAACUCAUCCUGGUGUACGUCAUUAUUCUUAUUGGGUUCUCUAUGGCGAUGCACAUCCUCUUCAUGGGCUCCCCCAUCAUCACCAGCAUCUACAGGAACCCCUUCUUCACCAUCUUCAUGAUGUUCAACACCAUGCUGGGGGGCGUGGAGAUGUUUAAUGACGACCUAGAACAAGGUCUGAAUGAGAACCUGGUGCUGAGUGUGUUUUGCAGACUCGUGUACAUCGUGUACAUCGUGCUGUCGGCGAUCAUACUCAUCAACCUCCUCAUCGCCAUGAUGAACACAUCCUACUCACAAAUACUCAAGCACCACUCCAACCUGUGGAAACUUGAAGCUGUCAAAUUUGGAAUAAAGACGGAAAGGAUUCUGAGACAGCUGACGCCCAGAUGGGGGACGACGGUGGUCAAGUACGGUAACAUGUUUCCAAAAUCUCUGGAUCAGAAGUAUGUCUGGUACAUUGAAGUGCCGGCUGAAGAGGCGCGGUACGGCAAGCGGUCGGGGGACUCGCCAAGUCUCGAGGCCACGCUGGAAAACCUGGAUGUUCGAGGUGCGAGAUUCGCUACUCAGCUGGCAGAGAUGAGCAACACAUUGGACAACAUCAAGGGACAAAUGGACAUUAUACAAAAAUCUUUGUUAAUCAUGGAGACGAAACCUUCUGACUGGGUGUAA